AUGGCCAUAUUUAACGAUCAUACCGUUGCUAUUAAUUUGAAAAUUUUAAAACAAUACGGUUUUUAUCAAAUAUUCGAUCCUGACAGCAAAAAAGUAUUCGGUUGGAAUAUGUACAGACUUUCUUUUAUCGCAUUAACCGUGAUAAUCCAGUGUCUAGUUGGUUUCGGGAACUGUGGAUUUUUCUUUGAAUUGGAAGACACUAUUAACAAUAUUGAUGUAUUUCUAAUCAUAUUCUCUAGCUCAUUUAAUUAUCUUAAUCUGUGGAAAAUAAUCAUACUUUUGUUCAACAAAAACAACAUUUUGGAUCUUUUGGACGUUACAUAUUUAAAUUUUUUUAAGAGCAAACAAUGCCACAAUAACGUUGAAAUACUGUACAAACAUCGUAACAGAACUCUAAAAUGUACAAAAUUAUACUACAAUUUCUGCACUUUGGUGAUCAUUCAAUGGGUUUUUUAUCCGAUAAUAAUUAAUUCAUUCAUAGCGAAUAAAAAUGACAAUCGGCGUUUAGAGAACGUUAUAAACAGACCAUAUCCUAUAACUGUCAACACUUACAAUCGGUAUUUUGUCCUGUUUUACAUAAUUGAAACAGUAAUUGGAAUAAAAUCAGUAUACUCAUUAUUGAUGAUCGAUAUAUUAUUAUUGUCUAUUGGUUGGGCGAUAACUGUUCAAUAUGAAGUAUUGGCUGCAGCGUUUAAAAACAUCAGGCAUGAUGUAGACCAUCAAAAGGAUCACGAUUAUAAUGACGAUAAUGUUAUAGAUGAUUUUAAAUCGAUUUUAUUUGAUCAACAACAUCUUAAUCUGAAAGUAAAAUUAUAUUUCUCCAUCGUGAAGCCUAUUGUUUUAAUGCACGUUGCUAUUAGUUUAUGUUUAAUCAUAAUGUUGUUGAACUCAUUCAUUAUGGCUAUUUUAUCAACAGAACCAUUAACCAUCACAAUCAUAAAUUUAUUUAAAAUCGGAUUUGGAAUUUUUUAUUUAUGUCUACAAUUAUUUUUGUAUUGUCAUUUAUUCGAUUAUAUUAACUUAAAGAAAGAAUCUGUCAACCUGGGAAUAUAUUCUUGUAAUUGGACAAAGAUGGAUUUAACAUUUAAAAAGAUAUUAUUAUUAACUAUGCGGAUAAAUGAUGCUAAUCAAAUAAAAAUGAAAGCUUCAGAGAAAAAAAUAGUUAACUUACAAUUAUUUUCUUAUGUUUUGAUGACGUCUUACAACAUUACAUCCGUCAUGGUAAAAAACAUUUCGUAAAUUGAGAGAUACACCAAAUAACAGUUAAUAAUCUACUA